AUGUCUUAUAACUCUGAUCAAAUCCAACCACAAUUUGUUCCCCCAUUAGUUAAUGAUGUUACUUCUAAGCAUUUGCAAUAUUCACAUAACAAUAUCAACUCAUACCCGACAUUCCCAUUAAAUGUUCACCUACCAGUCACAUCACCUUCUACAAAUAGAAACAUGCCAACAUACUACCAACCUUAUAUAACUGUGCCUCAUACUUCAUUUGUGUCAACUCUUACACCAUCAACUUCUACUAGAAAUACCAACAUGCAACACACUCCACAUGCUCUAUCUUCUGCUCCUACUCCGGAACCACCCGUUACACCAACAGAUACAACAACUUCAGUUUUAAAUUCAGAGCUUAUUAAUCCAUUCUAUGGAAACUACUACUCAGAAAGUACAAAUUGA